CCAGGUUGUAAGCCUUGGCAUGGUGGGUUUAGGCAGAAAUAGGACACAGCCUUGGCUACACUUGUCCCCACCACAUUUUUUUUGUCACUCUUUAGCCACCGCGCAACGCACCUCCUUUCAAAUUGAGAACGCAUUCUCAUCUGGAAUACGCCUAGGGUCCACGCCUACUGCCCUUAACCAACCUGCGCUCCCCGAAAUGCCAUGGUCUGGUCUAGUCUAGACUGUCUCAUCCGCGGAGACACAUUUUUCUCUCGAGUGUUUUUACAAUUUGAGGCUACAGUCGUAUGUGAAAUUUGCAUUCAGCAGCGUAGUAGUUAAAGUGGUACUGAAUGCGUUGUUUUAUGUUCUGUGUGUUGCCCGCACUCCAGCAGACCGCUACAGUAGGAAGAUGGCGUCGGAGGGAGCGAGCGGGGAACAGCGUCCUCCGAUACAAACACUGGCAACAACAGUGCUUGGAAGUGUCGAAGCGAAAUGUGAGUUUAACAUGGAUAAUCUGAGCAAGCCGGAGCUCCUGACCCUGCUCAGCAUCAUGGAGGGGGAGCUGGAGGCCCGGGACCUGGUCAUAGAAGCCCUGAGGGCGCGGCGUAAGGAUGUGUUCCUCCAGGAGCGUUACGGCCACUUCAGUCUGACGGACCCCUUCCUGGCCCUGCAGAGGGACUUUGACUGUGUCCCCGGGGGGGACAAAGAACGCCGGCCAGUUGGCUCCAGCCCCAUCUCAGUCCUGGAGGCAGUCAUGGCGCACUGCAGGAAGAUGCAGGAGAGGAUGUCAGCACAGCUGGCUGCUGCCGAGAGCAGGCAGAAGAGGCUGGAGAUGGAGAAGCUACAGCUGCAUAGUCUGGAGCAGGAGCACCGUAAACUAACCGCCCAGCUAAAGGACGAGCGGGAGAAGAACAAGCACAUGGUUAUGAUGCUGGUGAGGGAGUGCAAGCAGCUGGCGACGCGCGUGGUGGAGGAGUCGCAGCGCUUCGACGAGAUUUCUGCCCGGCUGGAUGAGGAGAGCCGCUUGGCCGGGCGGCUGCAGGAGGAGAUGACAGCAGAGAGGCAGCGUGGACAGCAGAUGGAGGCCAAGAUGGAGAAGCAGCUGUCAGAGCUGGACACUGAACGCGAGCAGCUGCGUGCCAGGCUGGGCCGAGAGGAGACAGAGAGCCUGAGCCUGCGCCGGCAGGUAGAGCAGCUCAGGACUGAACGGGAUGGUAAGGACGUUAAAGACGGUAAGGAUGGUAAAGCCGGUAUCCCAGCCCGACCGGCUGCAGCUACUGCUGUGAAUCCCACCGCUACCACCAACCCCCCACCUCCCAAACACACAGCAUCUGUUGCUGUGGCCACAGACCCAGUCAGCUCCCAGACGGCCUCCUGCCAAACGGACCUGCCCCCUCCAGAGGCCGAGGGGCAGAAGAAGACGAUCCCCCUCACCAUCCCUGUCAAACCCACUCCCACCAACUAUGCAGGCCUCAGCCUGCCUAAGACGCCCAGCGCAGGCCGGGGGCUGGUCCACAGCAGCUCAGGAGGACUUCUUCAAACAGGGGAGAAUGGAGCCGAGGGCCAGACGCCCCAUGGUGGGUUGUACUCCCCUGCCCCCACUUCAGCCCUGCCCAUGGGGGUGAGCCCUCGUGUCCAGGCUGCCCGCUACAAGUUCCAGGAGCAGGACCAAAACGGCACAUCCUCCCAGAGCAGCCCGCCAACCCGUGACCUAUCCCCCACCAACCGAGACAACUUUGCCGCCAAGCAGCAAGCGCGACACACCGUCACGCAGGUCCUCUCACGCUUCACCAGCCCCCCAGCAGGUGGCCCCGGAGCCCUCCGUCCCGGCCUGCCCCACUCCACCUCAGAAGGGGGGCCCUUCCCUGGCCGCCUGGGCCACCCCAUCGGCCUCAAGUCCCCCACAGUGGCGAGGAUCGACCGGGGAAACCCGCCCCCUAUCCCGCCCAAAAAGCCAGGUCUCUCCCAGACCCCCUCCCCUCCCCACCCGCCCAUCAAAGUGGUGGGGGACAGCAACCGUUCCCCCGGGGCGGGGUUAAAACCCGGCACGCCCCAGCUGCCGCCCAAACCCGCCCUGGACCUGGUCCCAGCUUUGACGGCGUCUCAGGUAGGUGCCUGCCCCCCCGCAAGGGGGGUGAGGGGGCUGCACCAGGCCACGUGUGCAGAGUGCCCCCCCGCCAGCGCUGCCAUCACUGCUGGCGUCCCUCCAUAGUCCCCUCGCUAAACUGCGGUGGGCCCGUUGCCCUGGACGACGGACGCCCCCUGCUCCUCCAAGCUGCUUCCCAGGAAAUGUCACUUUAUUGUCAAUGCUGCUUAACCGAGAUCCAACGGAUAAUAUUAGUCUCCUUGAAGACCACCCAACCUCUGCUUUGUUUUCUGCUGCUCAAAAUGGACGCUCAGACUGCGUUAACCUGCUGCUGACUUCAGGGGUGUCUACUGAUGUUUCUGAUUUAAACGCCUUUACACUUUGCCGCCUCACAUGGACACCACAGGUGUGUGGAGGCCCUGGUGGUCGGUGGGGCUGAUGUGGACCAAAGACCCCUCUGUUAAUGGCCAGCAGAGCCGACAGGCUGGACUGUACCAGUGCCUUGGUCAACGCCAGGGCCGACCGCUCAAGAGCCACCACCGACAGCUGCAAGGCUCUCCACGAGGCAUUCAGCUUAGGACAUGUAGACACUCUGCGGCUCCUCCUCUGCCACCCUGCCCCUGACUGUACCCACACCAUGACCCUAACCCUGACUGUACCCACACCAUGACCCUGACUGCAACCAUAGUCCUGGUCCAGCCACGAUCCCGGUCUUGUCUAGCACCUUGCUCAACCAGGAUAACUGUGAGGGCUGGACCACUGCACACAUCACUGCUGCCAGGGGCUUCAAGGCCUGUCAGAGUCGUGCCUUGAUGAGCUGGCCCUGGAAUCCCUCAUGCCUCUUCAGCUGCAUCCCUCAUGCCUCUUCAGAACUACAUCUUCCUGGGGACCUGUCAAGAGUACCUAGCCAAUCAGACUUCCCUCUGCAUCAAGACGAAGCAGGAGUCUGUGGGUGUGGCCUGUGACAUCUGGGUGGAGGUGGACAGGGGUCUGACUAAAGAACAUCUGUUGGACACCUUCAUCAACUGUGUCCAGGUGGCUGGCCCGGCUCUGGAACAGAGUGGUGGUCCUUCACGUGGAGUAGGCUAUCGUCUCCCGGCUCUGGAAUAUAGUGGUGGUCCUUCACGUGGAGUAGGCCAUCGUCUCCCGGCUCUGGAACAGAGUGGUGGUCCUUCACAUGGAGUAGGCCAUCGUCUCCCGGCUCUGCAACAUAGUGGUGGUCCUUCACAUGGAGUAGGCCAUCGUCUCCCGGCUCUGGAACAUAGUGGUGGUCCUUCACAUGGAGUAGGCCAUCGUCUCCUGGCUCUGGAACAGAGUGGUGGUCCUUCACGUGGAGUAGGCCAUCGUCUCCCGGCUCUGGAACAGAGUGGUGGUCCUUCACGUGGAGUAGGCCAUCGUCUCCCGGCUCUGGAACAGAGUGGUGGUCCUUCACUUGGAGUAGGCCAUCGUCUCCUGGCUCUGGAACAGAGUGGUGGUCCUUCACGUGGAGUAGGCCAUCGUCUCCCGGCUCUGGAACAGAGUGGUGGUCCUUCACGUGGAGUAGGCCAUCGUCUCCUGGCUCUGGAACAUAGUGGAGGUCCUUCACGUGGAGUAGGCCAUCGUCUCCUGGCUCUGGAAUAUAGUGGUGGUCCUUCACGUGGAGUAGGCCAUCGUCUCCUGGCUCUGGAAUAUAGUGGUGGUCCUUCACGUGGAGUAGGCCAUCGUCACCCGGCUCUGGAACAUAGUGGUGGUCCUUCACGUGGAGUAGGCCAUCGUCUCCUGGCUCUGGAACAGAGUGGUGGUCCUUCACGUGGAGUAGGCCAUCGUCUCCUGGCUCUUGAACAGAGUGGUGGUCCUUCACGUGGAGUAGGCCAUCGUCUCCUGGCUCUGGAACAUAGUGGAGGUCCUUCACUUGGAGUAGGCCAUCGUCUCCUGACACUGGGCAUCACCUAGCAAACACCGCCUGAGCUCGGGCCAGUGAGCAGUGGUCAAGGCUGCUCUCAGUAUCCUGGUCAACAAAGCCGUCCUGCAGGGAUGCCCUCUGCCACGGCACGAGAUUAACAGGCACCUGUUGAAGUUCCGAGGUGGGACCUUCCCUCUCUCAACCAUUGGCUCCUGUAAAGGGGGCGGCGGCAGGAAGGGGUAGGACAGUAGCAUGUGGAGAUGAGCCAAUUACCAGCCCACGAAAGAAUGGGAAACCCCGCCUCCAACUGGAGCUGUGGAGAUUCUCUCAGAGAAGGGUCAUUGUCCAGCACUGAUGUCCUCUUCAUCACCAACGGCAAUACUCCGAGUGUUGUAGAUGGGGACCAUGUGAGUCUGUCUCUGUGUUCUUACAACAAGACUGAUCUGAUCAGGGAGUUACAGACCAUGUGCUCCAGGAAGUCAGACAUCAGCAAGAUUGCUCAGUCCAAGGAGGACUUCAUCGUCUUCUCUGGCUCUCCAAAUGGACAAUCACCCUGCUGCAGGACCGACCACGAAGCAAACGCUCUACCACAGACCGGCAGCCGUCACUCCAACCCCAUCCCUGCCUCCAACCCCAUCCCUUAGGCAGCCUCUUGCAAGAGGCGAUCGAUGUCCUACCCAUAUCCCAGCUCCCUAUCUCCAGCAGCAGGGGACAGCAGCCACUAGCCUAGCAGCAGCAGCAGUGCCUCCGCACCACGAACACCCACUACGACCACUAACUGCAACGCAAACAGAACUGAACCAAGCAGCAGCAGCAAAACAAGGCAGGCCCCAACCAGACACAACAAACAACAACAACAACAACGAAAACAACCAACAACACAAGGAAAUCUCGAUCCUACACCGAGACCUGCAUGAAAAACAACAACCAUACCAAGUACUAGAUGAACUCCCUUUCUCCUCUUUUCCCCUUCCUUCCUUCCUUCCUUCACCUUCCUUCCAUUCUUCCUUCACCUUCCUUCCAUCCUUCCAUCCUUCCUUCCUUCCUUCCUUCCCACCACUCUGCUUUGAUCCCUCCAUGUUGUAAAGUUAGGGUUAAUGACGACCUUUUAGUAUUUGUACUUGUUAUCCGUACUUGUUACACUGUAUAACAAUUGUGUACUUGGGGACCAUAGUUUUAUGAUAUUAUACAGUAUUUAAGUAUUGAAAGAAGUUCAAAAAAAGAAAGAAAAUAAAUUUGCAGGGAAUUAUGUCAAAAGAAAAAUAAGUACUUAAAACAGGUUUUACCUUUUGGGGUGAAAGAAUAGAAACAGGACAUUUUUAGCUAUUACGUAUUUUCGAAUAUUCAAGUGUGUUAUGUUUAAAUAGUUGCAAGGUUGGUUUAAAUACUGUUGAAAUGAACAAAGGUUUUACCAAAUAUUUGUAAAUAAGAACGAUUAGUAAAAUGAAUGGUAUAUAGAUUGGUGUAUGUGGUAUUAAGCUUGUACAGUGAAGAAAAGUGGAAGAAAAAAAACCUUGUAUAUAUAUGUCUGUAAUAAUAGGAGAAUUCCAAGUGAUUGGAAUGUGGCAAUAAGUAAAGAUAAUUGCAAACACGGGACAUUUUCUUUCUUUUGACUAUGAACCAUAAAUAAAUACUUUAAACUACCCAGAAUUCCAUCCGAGUCACGGCUCAAUUCACCUUUGACCUCUAAGUGGAGCCCGAUAUAAAUUUCAAAGCAGCACGUUUUUUUUUCUCUUUCUUUUUUAAAACGUUUUAUUAAUUUAUUUUGGGAGGGGGGGGGGGUGUGUUAUUUUGAAUGGCCAUUGUUGAUUGAUGUACAGGAUAUAUUUUAGUCAGUCUUUGGUGUUCUGUAUGAUAGCUCUCUGAAGUUUAAAGAAAUGUCCUGGUUCCUUUAAGCACAACCAUUAAAACUGCACUGUCAACCCCAA